AAAUUGGAAGGGUUAUGUUUAUUUCAAAUAUUUUGAAAUAUUCAAACACAUAUUUUAAAAAUAAUUCACCCUAAUUUUUACAUGACUAUUCAGUAAUACAAUGGAAGAAAUAGAAAAUAAAUUAUAUUCCAAUAAUCCCAUUAAUGUAGCGACCCUAAUAUCAAAAAUUAUUAGCAAUGUUAAGAAAAAACAUGAAAAUGGGACAAGGGAAUUUCCAGAAGUUAAAUUUUUAAAAGAAAAAUUAAUGAACCCUGAUCCUCUCAUUAGUGAGGUUGCUGGAGCUGCAAUAAUACAACUAAUUAAGGAUAAUAUAUUACCUGUUGAUUCUGUUAUAACCGAUUUUAUUAGUACUAUGAAAUCUAUUCAAUGUCAUUCUACUCUAAUUAAUACAUUAGGAGAAUUGUUGUAUCUUCAAAUGACUAAUAAAGAAAGUUAUUUUAAUCUACAUUCUCCACAACAUCCAUUUAUAAUUUUGGCAAAUGAAAACCCACAUUUAUCCAGCCAUAUUUUGAAUAAAAUAUGUCAAUUGCAAGAACUUGAUGGAUCUAUUGUCAAUAAAAUAUUUGAACCUUUUUAUCUCUACUGUUUAUGUUGUCCAUCAAAACAUGAACAUGAUUUGUUAAGAUAUAGACUCUGGACUUUACUCCUAAAUUCAAAAUGUAUUGAUUCAAACUUCUUUGUUAACAUACUAGGAUGGUUACAGGUACAAAGAAUCGAAGAUUUACCACUAAUAAGUGACCAGUUAAUUGAAGCUUUGAACAAUCCCAACAUAAGUAAAUUUAUCGAAAUUGAAUUGAUAAUAUUAUGGCUGGUAAACGCUCUUCGUAAUUUAUCAAUAAACAAAUUAGAUACGCAAUCUGUUCUUUGUUGUUUGAAAAAAGUUAUUGAAAAUAGAACCUUAGUUAUCAUCGACAGUAUUCUGUUAAUUUUUUCAGAAGUUAUCAAUAUUUGUUCACCACUCCAUUUGAAACAAUUACUUGAAGUGUGCCAAUCCGCUGUAAAAUCAAAUAAAACAAUCAAUGUAUAUGCCCUAGAAACAGUUCGAGCUUCUUUACUGCCAUGGUUAGCAGCACCUUGUUUAUUAACGAAUGAAGCAUACGAAGUUGCUGCAAACAUCAUUGCUAUUAUCGAUAAACGUCAGCAUGCUGAUAAAGAAAAUAAUGCGAGUCUAAAAGCAUUUGCUGAUAAAUAUAAAGAUCAAAUAUGUACAAAUAAAACUGUAUUUCUUGCUGUAACGUUAGCUACGAAUUUAGAGCGAUUUUCACAUGAAAACCUGCUAAAAACAUGGCUGAAGGAACUACAACAAGUUCCUGAAGACUUCAUUGCUGAAAUUUUUAAUAUUCUCACUGGUUUGAUGAUGGUUGAUUAUACUGAUCCGGAAAUAUCAACAAUUAUUUUGGAAUUAUUACUUAUCUGCACCAAAAAUCAAAUAGCGCUAUCUUCAAAAUUGCUAACACUAAUUUUGUACGUAAUUCCUAAAAAUCAAUCGCAUCAUUUUUUAACAGCAUUGCCAAGAUUAGUUAUUCUACGUGAUAAUAUUCCUAAAGUUAUAGCAAUGAUACAAGCAUUAAGUAAAGGCUCAGAAAAUCUGUUUAACAUGGCUCUUUCCUUAGCGUACGAUGCUUGGAAAAUCGAUAAUAAAUGUUAUAUAUACAUGGAAGAUCUUUUAGUACAAAAUGUUCCCGUUAAGAAAAUAUGGGAACGGAAUGUUGUUAAAGCCUACAUUCUUAAAAAAAUCUGUGAGAAAAAACCAGAAUUAUAUGGAAAAGAUGUCAUAGCACAUUUAUCGAAAAUAUUAAAUGAUUGUGAUGACGAUAAUGGCGCUUUACCGUGUUCUCUAGCUAUAGAAGCCAUAACGAUCUUAUGCAAAGCGGGCGUGAUUGACAUUAAAACGACGUGGUCAACUUUAUCACCUAAAUUUAAAAACGAUAUGAGAGUUCAGGUAGUAAAAAGCUUAUGUGCACUCACCACAGAAAUUCCGCAGCUAUCUGACGCAGACAACUAUAAAGACUUAUUCGAAGAUGUAACAAAAACCUUAUGGUAUUAUGGAGAACUUGGAAACUCCGAGAUAAGCGAAGCUGCUCUUUUGAGUCUGACAACAUUCGGAAUGGAGCAUAUAUGUAUGCAUUUACCGGAGAAGUAUUUGGAGCCUGGAAGUACUCCUAACAUGCAAUCGGUCUCAGGCAAGACCUGGAUACAAUUUUUGAUUCAGAAUGGAGCUUCAAUAUCAUCUAUAAAUUUUAUCAAAAAAAUGAUGUCGAUCGAGAUUGAUGGUUUUUUAAAAUAUGUGUAUCAGCCCAAAGGUCCCAAAGAACCAGUUAAUUAUAGUUAUUUACCUUCGUUUAGCAUAGUUAGAGCUAUUGGUGAAUUUAUUAAAACAUGGGUCAACAAAUGGAGAGGAAGCAUACACGAUAAACUUUAUCUUGAAUGUUUGAACAUAUAUAGCGUGGAAUACAGCAAACCCUUACCUCCACUGGACUGGAGCUUUUUACAUGACUUGCUGGUGGAUCCAAAAACGAAAGAGUAUGCUGUGGAUAUCGCUUCUCAUCAGGUGGUGAUGUCUGGUACCGCUAGGAGGUUGAUCGAAGGAUAUUUGGUAGAGUUAACCAAUAAUCCACAGAUUACAGAUAUAGCGCACACGUUUAGAAAUUUAAAAUUUUUGUCAAGAAGUAUCCAACCAAUGAUUUUGAGGCCUUUUCAUUGAAAAUUGUAUGUGGUUUGCCAUUCAAGAAUAUAAUCAGGACCACCCUGAAUUGUUACUUAAAAUUUUUGAUUACUUAAAAAGUGUACUUCAGCAAGAAAACAUUCAAGAAACCAAUAAAGUGACUAUAAUAGAAGUUGUGGGUAGCAUUAUCUUCGUAACAGAUGUGAAUUUAAAAUUAUUCGAUCUUUUGUGUCAAGUUAUCGUUGUUUCACCAUCAAACUUACUGGAGGUUGCAAAGUUUGAUAUAGUUGAUAAUGAGGAGGGUUUUAGAAAAACUGUUAAAAUUAGGUGCGCUUUAGCAAGAAGUGUCAAAUUUGCACCUAUGAAUUGGUUAAAUCUACUUAUUGACGUUUGGAGUACUAAUUUUAGAGGUUUGUAUUUAUGGGAAGAAUUGGAUUCAGUGUUUAAAACACAGAGUAAAAACACCGACGAAUGUGUACCGUGGUUUCUAGAACUAGUUGGCCAGAUUCAGGCAAAAAUAGCAGAGAGAAGUGAAAUAGAAAAUAUUUGUUUUCUGUUCGAUAUACUUAUCUUUGCCGUUAUAAGUUUUUCUGGGUUUUAUACGUUUAUAGAAACGAAUCAGGACAAAGAAAUCAAAAUGAAAGAAUUGUUUCCUUCGGCUUUAGCAAUGUUGUUGGAUAGGCAUACUUGGGAAGCUUCGUCUAUUCAAAUGUUAGAAUGGUUGUAUCAUUUAAAUAUGGAAGCAACUGUACCGACAGAGUAUCGAAAAUUGUUCGGACUGUGUCUUCAAGCCUUAAAACACAACGAAGAAUUCGUUAAGAAUCAGAAAUGCAUGAAAUAUUUAAAUAGUCGUACAAAUUUUAAAUAAACUAUAAUAUAUUGAGGAAACUUUACAUAUACUAGCGAAAAGUGUUCAAUAUCUGUCUUUAAGUCUUAAAAACACAACGAAUACUUCACUGAGAAUCAGAUAUGUUUAAAAUAUUUAAGUAGUCGUCUGGUCUAUUGUACAUUUUUGUGCAGGUGUACCAAUUUGCUCAAGUUAAUAUAUUUUGAUAUUUAUUACAGUAUUUUGU